AUGCGGAAGCGGUCGCGGUCGGUGCUGCACGCGUACCUCCUCCCCAGCGCGCGGAGGGGCACACGCGCGGCAAAGCCGGUGUCUCGCGCCACAGCGGCCAACAGGGAUGUGGCGAUGCGUGCGGCAGUGAACUGCGCGUCUGGGGCCGCGUUCAACGCUGGUGACAAGAGAUGUGAGGCUGUAGUUGAGCGUGGGCGAGGCGCAGCUGAGUUUGUGCGUCCCGUCGACUGCAGCUCCUCUACGGAGAACGAAGCGGGAGUGAGAAAGGCGGUGCAGAGCGACGACAAGGAGUACGAUGGAGACGGCGACCACUACAGCAGCAGCAGCAGCAGAAGUGACGAGGCGGAGAGUCUUGACGGUCCUUACAUUCCAGCGGUGGACAGGCUGGGUGAUUUGCCCCCGUCGUGCCGCGCGGUGCAGAUGGAGCCGAACUGGCUCGAGCGCGCGGUGAUGCUUGCACGCUGUUCAAGUCGGCGCGACGAUGCACUUCACGUGCAUUUCGGGACCAGGACCACCAACAGUAACAGUCACGGCACUGAUUGCGGUGGCCUUGCCUGGCUCAGCGUCUCGCUCCCUGACCCUGCACUUGUGUGUCUCAACGGCGGCACGGAGGAAGAGGGGUGCCGUGCGGCGGCUGUUGCGGGAAUCACUGCUGCCUUCUACGCCUCGCGGCUCCGCGAGGGGAUGGGCGCUCAUCACUACAUGCGUGCCAGCUGA